UAAAGUACUCACUUUGAGAAACGGAUUUGCAGAUUCGAGAAGCAAUCCACAGUGGAAGUUAUGGCUAACAUCAAAUCCUCUACAUAUCUAUUGUGCAUCAUUUUUUGUGCCGUUUUUUUCUGUGAAUUAACAUCCGGAGAAGUCUACCCUUAUCCGGGCGAUUGCACGAAGUAUCAACAAUGUGACGGUAGUGGUUGUUUUGUCUUAACUUGUGGCACAGGAACGGAAUUUAAUCCAAACAUCGGGACUUGUGACUAUCCUAUACAAAAUCGACAGGACUGUCAUAACCGUGGAUAAUCCAAUUCAGGAACAUUUAUAAACAUGAUUUAUGCUAAGUCAGUAGUAUUGUUUUUCCAACAAAGAAAUGCACGAGGAAGAAUGUAAAGACGUAUAUUUCUGUUACCAUUACAACCGAUUUUAACAAAGUGGAAUAAUAAAAUAUAUAUCCUUCA